AUGCUGGGAUCAUUCACAAUCUUUGCUAUGGUUGCCUAUGUCCUGUUGUCCUCCCUGGGGAUCAUGGUUAAUGGCUUCAUUGUUGUGUUACUGGGAAGGGAAUGGGUUAGAUGCCACCAGCUGUCUCCCUGUGACAUGAUCCUGAUCAGUUUGAGUGCCUCCCGUUUAUGCCUGUUGUGGCUUGGAAUAAUAUACAACUUUUACAAUUUUCUUCACCACCCACAAUAUUCCAAGGAGUUUACCCACCCAUACUAUGGGAUUUACUUUGAUUUUCUGAAUAUGCUUACAAUGUGGCUUGCCACUUGGCUUAGUGUCCUCUUCUGUGUGAAGAUCGCAAACUUCACUCACCCCAUUUUCCUUUGGCUGAAGUGGAGAAUCAAGGGGUUAGUACCCUGGUUCCUACUAUUCUCCCUGAUAAUCUCUUUCAUUUUCUCCGUGCUGUUUUUGGUGGCUAACAAAUCUUUGUACCAGGCAUUUUCUGGGAAUGUAACCCUACAUGGACUCACUAGGAAACUGGAGAUCCAGUAUUUUGUCCCUUCAAAACUCAUUACUUUGCUUAUCCCCUUUUCUUUGUUUGUAUUCUCAUUGGUUCUGCUGAUUACUUCUCUGUGGAGACACUCUUGGAGAAUGAAACAUAUUGCCAAUAGUGCCCAGGAUCCUAGCUUUCAGGCUCACACCCGAGCUCUGAAAUUAUUGGUCUCCUUCCUAGUCCUUUAUACUCUUUCUUUUAUGUUUUUUUUCAUUGAUGCCACUUUUUCUGGUUUUGGGAUCAUCUGGUACUGGCCAUGGCAAAUUGUGAUUUACCUAUUCACAUGUAUUCAUCCGUUCAUUUUUAUCCUUGGCAAUUCCCAGCUAGGAGGGGCACUCAUGGAGUUUCUUCUUCUGCCUAAAACCUUCUGGAAUGACAAGUGGACAUCAUCUCCUUCUUAA